CUAUUCUCUCUCACACCUCCCAAAAAACGGUAUAAAGAUCACACAGAGACACACAUACAAACGGUAAAACCACCGAGUCAAAGCUUUCUACUACACCGACCGACCACUUAAUUCUCUCAAUUUACGCUAAAUGCCACUGCCACCUCUUAUUCCGCCAGAUCCGCCACCGUCUCCGCCGCAUCACUGAUCCUCAACCGUCGUCGGAGAAUCCUCAAAAACGAUAGGAAAAUGGCUAAAAGCUCGUCGAAGCAAAAGAUGUCGGUGUUGCUAACCAAGCUCGGAGAUCGAGAUACUUUCACAAUGGCGGCUCGAGAGCUCGAUUUGAUGGCUAGACAGAUUGAUCCUUCCUCCGGGAACCUCCAGUCGUUUAUUUCCGUUAUACUCUCCGCCGACACCGGCGAUAAACCGGCGGUUCGUAAGCAUUGUAUACACUUACUCGCCGUUUUAUCCGUUUCUCUUCCUCCCAACUCUCUCUCUCCAUUUCUCUCAAAGAUCCUCGCUCGCAUCACGAGACGCCUCCGUGAUCCGGACUCUUCUAUCCGCUCCACCUGCGUCGCGGCUGUGUCGGCGAUCGCUUCCCGGACGACGAAGCCUCCGUUUUCAUCGGCAUUCAUGAAGCCGUUGGCGGACACGCUUUUCACAGAGCAGGAGGUUAAUGCUCAGAUCGGAGCGGCGCUUUGUCUCGCGGCGGCGAUUGAUGCGGCGGAGGAUCCGGAUCCGGCUCGAUUAGGGCAGGCGCUUCUUCCUAGACUGGAGAAGCUGGUGAAAUGCAACGCGUUUAAGGCGAAAUCGGCGGGAGUCGUUGUGAUCGGAAGUGUGAUCGGUGCGGGUGGUGUUUCAGUGAGCUCCGGCGGAUUGAAAGGGCUUGUGGAUUGCUUAGUUAGCUUCUUGGGUAGUGAAGAUUGGUCGGCGAGGAAAGCAGCCGGCGAAGCUUUGGGGAAGUUAGCUACGAUGGAGAGAAAUGACUUGGGCGAGUUCAAAGCUAAAUCCUUGAAGAUCUUCGAGAGCAGGAGAUACGACAAGGUGAAAGCUGUGAGAGAGGUGAUGAAUCAGAUGAUUGAGGCAUGGAGACAAGUCCCAGAUUUGUCAGAGGAGGUUUCUCCACCAAGAUCUAAUGCUUCUUCUAAAGGUAUGGGAGCAGAUGAUGCAAGUGAUGGACGAUACCCUGCAGGUUCUAGAGUUGCAUCAACACUUGCUAAAUCAAGAACUCAUCUGAUCAACAGAUCGACUCCACCGGGAAGCUCAAUCGCCACCACGGCUAGGAAACGGAGUAACAUAAAAAGCAGUGAUCAGAAGAAAACAAGUUUAGCACCAUCGCAUACCAAAUCAAACGUAAGGAGAAGAUUGGACUGGAAAGCUGGAGGAGCUAGUCUUCUUACUGGUGAGGUUAUUGAAGAGGAACAUCAUCCACAUAACGAAAACACAAAAGAAGCAAGUCAUUCUAAUCACAAGCUAAGUGGUGUUGCCAGUCCAAGCAUCCAAGCAUCCGGUGCUACUAUGGCUACAGGACAUCAUGUCUUGUCUGAAAACCAGAAUAGUAGAAACUGCAAAGGGCUUGAAGAUAUAUCUCUGAUACGUAAUCAGCUUGUUCAGAUUGAACAACAGCAAUCAAAUCUAAUGGACCUCCUUCAGAGAUUUGUUGGAAGCUCACAACAUGGAAUGCGUGGUUUGGAAACGCGAGUUCACGGCUUAGAACUUGCGCUAGAUGAGAUAUCUUAUGACUUGGCUGUUUCAAAUGGGAGGAUGGGUAACGCCUCAAGCAGAGACAACUGUUGUCUCAUUCCUCCUGGAAGUUUCAUUAGAUCCAAAUUCUGGAAGAAACCUCAUUCCAAGUAUUCAGCAACGAUGCUGUCCACUUACAGGAACAGAAAUCCACCAACCAUUGGGAUACAAGACUCUAGGCAGCGGUUUAAUGGCGCUGCGGGAUUUAUUGUCAAUCCAUUAGCUGAAAUAAGUUCAGAUAACCAACCUGCAGGUAUGCCUCAUAAUUGAGGGAGGAAGAGGAAAAAAGAAAAACCUUCAAAGAUUCUGAGACUUAAAACCAUAGUGUGCUUGGGGUGAUUCUUACUGAUUACUAAGUUAUUAAGUUCUCAACCAUUUUAGUAUUUCACUUUCCUUGAAAAUAUGCUCACUAAAAUCCGUUAGAAGAUUAGAUUGAGAUCAAAGAUACGUUUGCUUUCUUGUCAAAGUUUCUGUUAUGUGGUAAAUGAAUUUCAAUUUUCAUGCAA